AAAUUAUAUAGGGCAACCCAUAUACCUACUCUAGAGAAUGAUCGAAUUGUCUCUAUAUUAAAAUUGAGGAAGGAAGAAUAUGUAUGAAAGCUUAUUUACAGGGCAACGCCUUUGGAUGAUAUGCAUUGGAGCCUAGAAAGAAUAUCUACAGAUUAAAAAGCAGUUUAGUAAUUAUUAAAAUAAAUUGCCUGUGGACAUCUAAUUGGCCUUUUGGACUUUAUGCAUUGGAGCCUUGCUUGGUAUGUUAAUGUCUAUUUAUUAUGUCAAUUGGAAAGCCUUUUAAUAAUUUGACAUUUGCAUAAUUUAUUUGGACUAGCAUCGGGGAUGCUCUCGGUGGAACAAAGGAGCAGCCGGUGGGAACGAGUAUACACUAUACACUUAUCGACAUCGACGAACGGAACGCCAAGUCGCCGACUCUCUGACCGCCCUGCGUCGACUCUUGGCCGCCUCCUGCCCCGCCACCUGCCCUGCCCCUGCAAGUGUCAAGUGCUCUUUCGAUAUCACUCCCCACUUCAUCAGCUUUCUGGUGCGCCCCGCUCUGCCUACUGCGAUUCAGCGUUUCACGCUUCAGCCUGCUAGAUUGUCAGCUCAGCAUGGUGGGGUUCAAGAAUAGAUACAUGGUAAUGGAAGUAUUUUUGGAUCCAAAUAAGGAUAUUGUGGGAAAGGACCCUAUUAUUAUCACACAAUUCAAUCUCUCAAAUUCUAUCAAAGAUAGCAUUCUUGUGAACUUUGGAGAGUGUGGUCUAGCCUCUUCGCUCAACUCAUUUCAAGUGAAGUAUGUCAACCCUAUAACAAAAGUUUUCAUCAUCAGAGCAUCCAGGGAAGAUUAUAAAAAAGUUUGGGCUGCAGUCACCUUAAUUAGGAAUAUAGGGAACUGCCAGGUGGUAUUCAACUUAUUGGAUCUGAGUGGAAGUAUCAAGGCCUGCAAAAAUGCUGCUUUGAAGUGUGAAAUGUCAAAGUUUGAGCACUAUAAGUUGCUAGGUGGAAGCAAUCUUAAUGGAGAUGUGGAGCAGCAGAUGAAGAAUUGUCUUGAAAAGAUCAAAGUUUUGGAGCACUGAAAUAUACGAAACAAGUGUAAUCCUCCAUUUUUGUUUUCAUUCAUCACUGAUAGUUGUUUUCAUCCAUUUUUGUUCCCUAUUCCCCCUCACAAUGGCAAAAAUAGGAAGACAGAAAAGUUUUGAUGAAGGGUACAUUCUGUUGUAAAAGAAGAAUGUGGGUCUGUCACUCUGUCACGCUAUAAUGCUAUAAUAUACUAUCCAUAUAAGCAAAGGUUUCUCAAGA